AUGAUAAGAUACCCACUUAAUUUCACACAAAAACUAGAUGAUCUGGAUUUUGCUAAAGUUCUGACAAUUGGCUUUUAAUAACUAAAAGAUAAAUCUCGGUAAAACUUUGAAAUAGAUUAAAUACCUAAUGAUGAUGAAGUGCAAUUGCUGUUAACUGACUCUAGAUUCGCUCCAACUGAGAGACAUGGCUACACAGCCAACCAUUAAUUAACUCCUAAUUUUUUUAAGAGAUUUGACUUUGAUGAAAAUACUAGGCUUUAGGUUAUUUGGAGAUUAAAAGUGUUUGGAGGAUAGCUAGGGUUUUUUCCUAUCUUAUAGUCUGAAACUGCAAAAAAGGAUGGGUUUAGGGUGCUUAGAUUUUACUGUGAAUAUAAAAAGAAAAAAUAUCAAGUUUAGACCGUAGAAGAUCAAAACUAUUUAGAUAUAUUAGAAGGAGGUUGCCCUUUCAAAGUUUUAUAUAGAUGCAAGGUUAAUGCUGAAAAAAGGGAUAUAUCUAAGUACUCAUUAAAUGGUUUCGAUCCUUACCAUAAUCAUGAUUUUGGUGCUCCAAUUUGA